AUGGCUCAAGUCAUUAGCUUCGGCGGAAGCUUAAUUUCAGUUUUGUUAAAAUUGCGUUUAAGACAUCCCACAAGAGACAGGCCUUUAAUAGACUAUGAGCUUAUCGUUUUUAUUUUAUCCCCUAUUCUUGGGGGUACGACAAUCGGGGUGAUUUUGCAUUUGAUUUUUCCUAACUGGCUUACCAUUACUUUAUUAUCAGCUUUAUCUGGGUAUAUGUGCUGAAUAACGACUAAAAAAGGUAUUUCAAUGUUUAAAGGAGAAAAUUCAUAUAAAAAUCUGUCAAAAAUUGAAAACAAAAACGCUGUUGCAUCAGAGAGUGAUAGGGAAAGCGAAACAGAUGUAAAAUCAAGUGACACAUCAAAAGAGUUAAGUAUUGAGCAUAAUUAUUUUUUAGAAGAAAAACAAAUUAUCCCAUGGCGGCAAAUAGCAAAAAUUUUCUUUGUAAUUGUAAUAGUUCUCACUGGCUCGUUUAUUAAAGGAGGAAAAGGAAUUGACUCCAUUUUUGGCUUGAAACAGUGUAACCUGCUAUAUUGAUGCUUUAUGGCAUUUUAUUUGGCUAUUUAUUUGGCUAUUUCUAUAUAUUGCGGAUGAAAACUUAUUGUCAAAACGGAAAGAAAAAUCUCAGUCAAUUAUGAUUUUGAUGAAAAUGAUGUAAAAUGAGAGUUAAAGAGCACGGUCAAAAUUGGAUCCAUAGCAUUUUUGGCAGGGAUAGGUGCAGGAUCCUUAGGUAUUGGAGGAGGAAUAAUUAUGAACCCAGUAUUAAUAGCGUUUGGAGUUAGACCUGAAGUCUCGACUGCUUCUUCUUCAUUUGUGAUUCUAUUUAGUUCAUCUAUUUCUGUAACUCAGUAUGUUAUUAGCGGUUUGAUAGAUUUUACAUAUGGAAUUCCGUUAUUCAUCCUAGCUGUUUUAAGUUCUGGAUUGGGAACCAGAGAAAUUAAAAAGCAAGUUGAAAAAUGAAAAAGGCCUUCCCUUAUUGUUCUGCUGCUUGGAUUUAUGACUUUUCUCUGCUGCGUUUGUAUUUCAUUGAAUGGAAUAUUUACUACUGCAAAACAAAUAAAAAUUGGGGAUUUCCAAUAUUGAUUUUCCUCUUAUUGCUAG